AUGCAUGAGUGCCUAAAUUUUGAGGCUUUGAAAGAGCAAGUCAAAAGGGAGAUAAUCAAGGAGACAGAGACCAAUCAGGCUAAUGUGGGUGCAGGGAUGGAGCUCGACUGUGGGGCGUGCGACUUGCUGAGUAACAUCCCGGGUGAGCUGACGAAUGAGCUUAAGAGCGACCAGAAGAAUGAGAUUAACAGCGACCAGACGAUUGAGCUUAAGAGCGACCAGACGAUUGAACUUAAGAGCGACCAGACGAUUGAACUUAAGAGCGACCAGACGAAUGAGCUUAAGGGCGACCAGACGAAUGAGCUUAAGAACGACCAGACGAAUGGGCUUAUGAACGACCAGACGAAUGAGCUUAAGAACGACCAGACGAAUGGGCUUAUGAACGACCAGACGAAUGAGCUUAAGAACGACCAGACGAAUGGGCUUAUGAACGACCAGACGAAUGAGCUUAAGAACGACCAGACGAAUGAGAUUAAGAGCGACCAGACGAAUGAGCUUAAGAGCGACCAGACGAUUGAACUUAAGAGCGACCAGACGAAUGAGCUUAAGAACGACCAGACGAACGAGCCGAAGGACUGCUCACCCAAGAACUGCUCACCCAAGAAACCCCUAAAUAUCUCCAAGAAGGAAAUGGAAAUCCUGCGCGCGAAGAUGAUCAUCAAAACGAUAACCCCCACCCACCUGUACAACCACUUCCAGCAGCUGCUAGACCAAGGAAUCGAUAAGUACUUAUUCCUCGUUGACCUUCAGGUGGAACUUAAAUUCAAGGAUUACCAUAUAAAAAAUGCUGUGCAUAUAAAAAACGAAGAAACAAUCACCGAAAUGAAGAAGGAAAUCGAGUUGAAACAAAACGCAAAGGUAAUAUUUUAUUAUACGAAUGAUCGUGUUGAAAAUAGACCCCGUUAUGAUCGCCUGCUGUAUGGCCACUUCGCCAAUGUGAAAGCUAACUUCUAUUUCCUAAAGGGAGGCUAUAAAAGUUUUGAAAAGGAAUACUUCUUUUUAUGUAUACCGAAAAAUGGACGUAACAGAAACAUAUCGGCCUUUAUCAACUUCCAAGCGAAUAUUCAAUACCCCAUCAAAUUCUGCAGCAACAUUUUCGUGGGAACUCACGUGCAUAUUUCCAAUCCGUUCAUAAAGAGCCAUUUGAAGAUAAACUAUGUGUAUGAUUUUGCGGACAAUGUACGGGAGGUGAAUAACGUAGAACGUAUAAAAUACGUGACAUAUAAUGUGAUGGAAAGAAUUUUAGAAAUUUCAGAAACGAGAAAACGCCAGUCUGUAAAUUAUGAAAACUUUCUGGACGUCCGAAUGGUGUAUGACAUUAUUCAGAGCAUUUUGCAAAAUGUGGAUCUGCACGAAAAUAGCCCUACAGUGGAAUCCAAGGCUCUAAUUGAAAGUAAAGAUUUGCAAAAGGGUGUAAAAGAGGAAACACAAGAUAUGGAGAAGCCAAACGCUGGUGCAGGUGGAAAACCAUCAAAGAAAAUGGCAUGGCUGAGUAACCCCUACGAAGGAAGCUUGCAGAAUGGAAAUGUCAUAAUCGUGUGCAACGAGGGUAUGACCUAUCAGACGAAGGGAAAGAACAACAGCAUAAGCUUAAUAAUCGCCAUGUGCUAUCUUAUGUACACGAAAAAGUGUGGCCCCAAUUUAACCAUUGCGUAUGUGCUUAGGAUAAACAAUAAUAUAAAAAUAAGUGCUCAGACGAUGAAUUUUCUACACAAAUUUCACGUUAGCUUGAAGAGAUGUGACUACAACUUGGAUGUCUACUAUUCCCAUGAAAUGAAAAGAAAAAUGGACAAACAAGUUGUAACCACUGGUAACAAGACGAACGCUACUUCUAACGAAUGGUGCAAAACUGAACAGGCCAAACAGAAGACGCAAAUGGAUAAAUAUAGUACCCUGAAGGGAAUAGUACAACGCCCUGAUUUCAUCGAAUUUAUCAAAAGCUACAAAUUUGAAAACUACGACGAUGCGCUGAACAACGCGAAUGAGUCCAUUCUGCCCAUAGAUAGAUUUUACCUGUUUGGAGAUAUGCAGCUAAUGAACUCGAUGAUUAAGGAGCAGACGCACCUUUUUUAUGAGACCAUUCUCCAGUCCCUGCUUCUUUACAAGCGAAACAGCAGCGAAAAUGGCAGUGGCAACAACGGAAGCGGCAACAACGGAAGCGGCAACAACGGAAGCGGCAACAACGGAAGCGGCAACAACGGUAGCGGCAACAACGGUAGCGGCAACAACGGAAGCGGCAACAACGGAAGCGGCAACAACGGUAGCGGCAACAACAGCAGCGAUGUUCAUGACGAUAAUGGCAAAGCCAACUUGAGCGAAAUUUAUGAUAUGCUAUACAUAACUGCCAACAUCAUGAAUGAUAAAAAUCUGGCAUAUCCUCGUAAAAUACUGUUCUUUUCUUUAAUCACGGCUCGUUUAUGCAAAUCUUUGUCUCUUUACGAAAACUGCGAAGUACUCCAUCUCAAUGAUGGUGCCACAGAAGAGCCUAUAAUACCCCCAGAAAAGGACAAAGAAAUGCUGAAAUAUAAUUUGUUAAGCUUAAUGUGUAUUCAUAUCGAGGAAUGCAUGAAUUAUAUUAUGAGUUAUAAUUUCAAAAAGGAUUCGCAAAACAAAUAUAUAGAAGAAUACAAAUUAUCCGUAAAUACUGAUGAAAAUUACCUACUUGAAAGAAAUAUCGAUAGAGACUGCUACGUGAUGUUCCUCUCACUAAGGUACCUUUUGAUUUCCUUUCUUUGCUACUAUAUGUUUCCCACUUUUACAAGCAAAAAAUAUUCAUACAGUGGGAAAGUUACAUAUUUACUUGUCAAAAUUGACAAAUUUUCUGCCUACUACUAUUCCGUUUUUAAUAUAAAUAUUAAUUUAUUCCAAAAGAAUGAUUACAAGGCACAAAUAUGUUCCUACGAUAAAUUGCCAUUGUACUUUAAAGAUUUAUUAAGACCCUUUUUAAUAAUAAACAAUCACAUGCGAUGA